UAAGACAACUUAUUUUUAUUCCUGGUCAAGUCUUGUAAUUCGCCGAAGAAAGAUUUCUUGAGAAAACUCAAAAACUCGUGCAGCUGCGAGACGACAAGGGAAAUGGACGCGACGAUAGGCAAAGUUUUCGAUUCCGUCUCUGGUUUCUUCUCCGGCGCUGCCUCUGCCUCCGCUGACGAGUUCCCCUUGUGCGACACCGACAUCAUCUCGGGAUGUGAGAAAGAGCUUGCAGAGGCUCAGAAAGGGCAAGACGAAGGGCUUAAGAAGGAAUGCAUCAUGCGUCUUUCAUGGGCUCUUGUUCAUUCAAAGAUACAUGCGGAUAUACAGCGUGGGAUAUCAAUGCUUGAAGCUUCCGUGGUUAGUGAUACAAGUCCUAUUAAUUUAAGGGAGAAGCUAUAUCUACUUGCUCUUGGUUACUAUCGAAGCGGUGACUUUUCAAGAAGCCGGGAAUGUGUAGAACGGUGUUUGGAGGUCGAACCAGAGUGGAAUCAGGCUCAAACGCUAAAAACGGCUAUAGAGGACCGUAUUGUGAAAGACGGUGUUAUUGGCGUUGGAAUUGCUGUUACUGCUGUUGGGGUUGUUGCUGGUAUUGCCACAGCCUUAUUACGCAGCUGAGAAGGAAAUAACAUCUGUACAUAUGCGCGUGUGUCCCCUGAUCUUCAGUGAGUUUGUUUGGUUUCUUUGAGGGCUUUGGGAGAAUUGUCAAAACAAAUGAUCUUUUGUAUAUUCCAGUUUUACUAUGAAUAGCUGAACAAUAUUUACUGAUUUGGGGAAGUAUCAAACAGAAACUUUAUUAUUAUUAUUACCUGAGCAGAAACUAGAAGAAAAAAUGCUACUCUUGUCAG